UUGUUCUACAUUAUCUAGUAGUAUCUACUGCUUCCUACGUCGUCGUUUUGGUUCACCUCCAAUCCAAAUUCUAGGGCUGAGGGUUGCGUUUCUCUUCCAUGAUUGAUGAUACUACUAGUCAAUCCAACAAAACUUUUCUAAACCAAGGUGUUGAAUUUAUGGUCUAUUUUCAUACCCGGAUCCGAUUACCCACUGGGUGGAACCCGUUUUAUCCCGUCCUUAACAGCCCUUUACACGACCUGAAACCUAAGCUUUCUCAAACCCUAAAAAUGGUGGCGACUGUGGCCAAUUUCAAGAGACCCGUUUGCCCGUCAUGUUCCAAACCCGCCCGGAUCUGCCUCUGCAGUCGGAUCCGGACUCCAGGUCUUGAGAAUUCGGUGAGGGUGACCAUCCUUCAGCAUAGUUUUGAGACAAAGCACCCACUGAAUUCUGCUAGGAUUGCUAGGCUAGGCCUCAAGAAUCUUACUGUAGCAACGGUUUCCGAUGUUCAUUUUGAAUCCCGGUUUGUUAUUUGGUUGCAGGAAUCAAAUACUGAAAUGGGUUUGGCUCAAAAUGGUUUAGAUGGUUUGGAUUUUGAUCAAGCUGUGGAAAAUGGGGAAACCCAGAAGCUGGUUUUUGAGCAUAGUGAUGGGGUCGGUUCAGGGAGAGAAAAUAUGGGAACUUUGGAACUUGGGCUGUUUGCUAAGUGCCCAAGUGAGAAAAAUACUAACUUGGUUAACACUAGUGGCAAGCAAAGUACACAGAUCCAUGAGGAAAGUGUUCAUUUUGUACCAAAAUCAUGGUUAUCUGUGAGUGAUGUAGAGCCAGAAGAUGGAUUAUCUGUUGAAGAUUGCAUUCCUGAAAAGGGUAUGUUUGCUUUAGAGAGCCCACGUGAAAAUAGAGACUUAGUUAGACAACCUAAUACACGCAUGGUUUCAGCUGCUGCUUCAACAUUGAAUGAUGCCAGUGAGAGUGAACUUUCUCAGUUCGAAGUUGAUCCAGUUGGAGCUGUCCGAGGAAGUCAUGAAGCGCCGGUUGUUACUGCAACCAUUGGAAAAUAUGGUGUCAUUAGCUCUCUUUGUCAUAUUUGGAUGGCAGAAGCAGAAUCCCAUUUGCAGAAGCCAAAAUUUGAUAAGAUUCUAGCUUCUCCUUCAGCUCGUGAAGCUCUGGGAAAAGGGUUUUCUGUAAAAAAGUUGCAAAGGCGGCAGAUGAGUGAGAGCAUGGAGUUGGAAGAAGAGUAUGAAGAGUUCGAACUUGGGAUUCCUCCCGGAUCAGUACUUCUAUUUCCAUCUGAUUGUGCGAUUGGUGUUGAUGGGCUUGAUGCUCUUGGUUUUAAGGUGACAAAUUUGAUUGUCUUGGAUGGUACGUGGGCAAAGGCAACGAGAAUGUAUAAUGAAAAUCCCUGGUUGAAGCUUUUGCCGCAUUUGAAGUUGGAUUUGAAGAAGAUGAGCUUGUUUAGUGAAGUGAGAUCGCAGCCAAAACCUGGAUGUUUGUCCACUAUAGAGAGCAUUGUCUAUGCCCUGAAGGCUCUAGGGGACGAACCCGAGGGGCUAGAUAAUCUCUUGGAUGUUUUCGAGUCUAUGGUUGAAGACCAGAGGCGCUGUAAAGAUGAAAGGUUGAGCAAAGUCUCUUCAGUUUGAGCAAAGUCAUGCUUAUAUUAGGUUCAUUUAUACAGUUUUAACAGCAUCUUGUAUACCAGUGAAAGUAAAAUUGAAGUAUAUAUCAUAGCCUACCUGUGAUUGACCAUAGCUUUUGAUAAUUCUUGAAAUUUGGGAUAUUGUUUUUGAUGAAUUUCUUGUAGAACUCGUUUCUGGUUUAUUGAUGGAAACCCACAAAGACAAUGGUGAAAUUGAUAUAAAAUAUGCUCCACUGAGUGCGGGAGAUAAAAACUACAUGACAAUUGUUUGAUGAAUAUACUCAAUGACCUCUCCUAUUCUCACUCAACUCUACUUAUAGAAGGAUCACACAAUCAUUUAUUCUGGUACCUAACAGAAUUACAAGAUAACAAAAGAAAACUGCAAAUGCCACUCAACUAACUUUUAUGAGUUUGCCAUCGAGCAGCACGGUGGAGAGGCACUGGAUAUCGUCUCCGCUCAUCCUUCUGCCACCACGCAUGAGCCUCACGUACUGCCUUGUCGCUGCCCCCUCGCCUCUAAUGUUACUGGUUUUUGAAUUUUAGUUUCUGUUAUGUUGUUUGUUUUUCUGUUGUUGGUACUUUGUUUUGUAGGUUAUAGUCUCUCUAUCCCGCUAUGGUUUUAUUUUAUUGCGGAGACUUUUGUAACUGAAGUUCAUUCCUCCUCUUCGACAACUUUUAAUCGGAAAACGACAAUGUCUCUCUUUCAACAGCUUCUUCUUGGUGGUGGUUGUUGCUUUCAAGCAAGUUGGCUUCUUGGUCUGCUUCAGAAACCGUAUUGUGCAACUUUUCUUUAGUUUGUCUAAGAUAC